UUCCUUUGCUGAAGAAAGUUACUCGCAGUUGCCCAGGAGGCGUAACGACACAUCCUAUGAGUCGCUGAGGAGAGCUGCUGCCGGAGGUCACAAAACACACACAGUUUCUCAGAGGGUUGCUUCACACAUAGGGGUAGAGCCGCGUGAGCGACGCCCUCACCAAGCAGAUCUCUGAAGCUUCCCGUGGAGGUGGGUGACAGCAGAACGGACGCCUGUAUCGUUAAGUCACACGCUGAUCGCCAAGGAGUUUCAGUGAGACUUUACAUAUCGGGGGUAAUCCUGAGGGUUCGCCUCUGCUUUUGAUGGGAUCUGUGGAAGAGUAAAGGUGUUGUCUUAGGAAGAAUUCUAAUGGAUGAAGCUCGGCAGCCGGAGAUGGUUUUUUCCCCAUCGUGAACUGUAAUUUGGACUAUGAAAAAGGUCUUAAAGUGUUAGUUUGCAGAUUCUGGAUAAGUCCAUACACAUUUUAGAAAUGGAAGAACAUAGUAAUGAAUAUCGUUAUAGAACGUUGUUUGUUAAGGGUGAAUUAACAUUAUAAAUGUGUGUGUAUGCCUGUGGGCUAGAAGGGUGUGUUAGUUUCCUGCCCUGCUAACUGACUUGUUUGAAUUUAGCACUCGUGUUUUACAGUAAGUUUUCUUUUUCUUUCACUUGCUGGUAAUGAAUUUCACUUGUAUUUUUUUUCCACUGCAGUGAUGUCCCAAAUGGUUUUUGGAACAAAAAGUUGGUGAAGGAGCAAUAGAGAUGGAAACUCCCUCCUCCACCUUGGGUUUCACUGAAGUUUGUUAUCACUCUCAGUUGAGUGCCGUUGCCUUCUAAAAGAGGCCUUGAUAGGUUUCAGAGAAAAAUCACAGAAUCAUAGAGAUUGGAAGGGAUCCCUGAAAAAUACCUGCCUUUUAGUGAAUAUAUAAGUUUAAAGAAAAGAUGGAAGGAAACACCUUCGUUGUGUGACUUAAUCUGACGACAUUUAUCAAGGCAUAGAAGUAUGCAUAACUUUUGGGCAAUGUAUUCAUCUUCUUCUAAUGAUUGCACAAGAGUGGUAAGUAUGAGAGCUAACGGCAUGCAAUUUAUAGUAAAAUGCUUAUUUUGCUGUUUUACAUAUGCCUAAACCUAUCUUUGUAGAAUGUAUGCAGAGCUGGAGAUCUCAAACUAUGGCAGUGGCCAGCAUGCUCACCAGUAACAGGCCCUAAUUUAUGGAGCAGUUUUUACAUGUUAACCAAAUAUACGUCUGAUUCUGUCUUCAUUAGAGUGAUGUGUUUUCAUGUUCAGUUUGUUGAACUGUUACAUUCCAAAACAGGAGUGAAUGUUUGGUACAGUUUAAGGCUUGUGAGAUUAUAUCUUUUACAAUAGGAGCAGACAGUAGCGUGGCUUGUAAGUAACAACAUCACAAAGUGUCGCUUGUAAAUCAGAUGUGAAUAUUCUUGUCUGUAAUCAGCAGUAAUGGAGAAAGAGCUGUGGAGUACCACCAUAAGGCUUAUCAGCACGAGAACAAGAGUAUGAAUUGUCUGUGUUCUGCUGCGUAAUGUUUGUCCUAUCUUUCCCUUUCUUUUCUGGAUGACUUCUUUUCACUCGAAGCUGAGAAGGGAAGUAUGAUGUACAGAAUAUGCUGUAAAAUGAAAAAGAAAUAUUAAAAACGAUUUCCUUUGCUUCCUGAAUCACUGACAUGCUAAUCGUGAAUGCACUGUAGUAUGCUAAGCCAAAAAGGAAGAUGAGUUCCUUGGUAGUUAGAACCAUACUUAGACCUUCCCAAGAUGGAAUUUCUGACUAAUGAUACAUGGCAAUACAGAGGGGCUGGUUUACAUCUUUGCCAGGACAAUAACACGAGUGCUUGGGCAUUCAGUACUCAAGUUGCUUCUCUGUUUUAAUUCAAAAGUUCCACAUCCACUAUUUAACCCAGUUACAACACUGCUGGAAUGGGAGAGAGAUUCGUCCUUUUACCACUAAAUGGGAAUUGAAAUAAGGCAAAUAGUACUUUUAAAAGCCAGCCUUGAUAAUAACUUGGCAACUAAAUAAGUAGAGCUAAGUGAAAAAAAAUAAAAAGAUCAGAAUAAUAUAAAGGCCUUGAUUGCUAUUAAGAGUGGGAGCUGUUUGAAUUCCAGUGUAAAACCUGCUCAGAAGCAGUACUUACUUUCAUAUGAAUGUGAUGAAGAAAGAAAAUUGGUAAAAAUACUGUUUUGUUCUUUUUUUUUUCCUGCUUACCCUAUCACAAAGCAUAAAAACACCCAGACCACUAACAAUUAAAUAAUGGGGAAAUUAUAUUAAUGUUGUGGGUGAAAAAAAAACAUCUGGAGAAACACAAAUGUUAUUUCUCAAACUGUCAGUAGAUGGCACAAACAAGUUUUAUAAAAAGUGUGGGUGUUUCUAAUUAUUGUUACAGACAAGGAUAGAAUUACAGGAAGUUUUCUCUUGGUCUUUCCCUGAGCACAUUUUCUGCUUUUUAGGAGAGCAGGGAUUUCAGGAUUAGAACAAAGACGGAUGUAUAAAUAUUGAGCAUCUCCAAGGAACCAUAAAGCAGUAUGACAAAGAAUAUGAGAUAUCUCAGGAACUGUUUUAUUUACAACUGUCUGUUUGUAUUCACUUUCUGGGACAAUAUUGGCCUGGCUAAGAAAAAUGAACUCUUUGCAUCUGUUCCUAACAAUUUUCUAGAAGAUGGUUUGGACAAAAAAAAUAUGAGUUUUUCACACUCAUACGCAAAUAAUCAGCACUACAAAGCUGAUUAUGGUUGGGUUGUGAUAGAAAAUACUAUGGAAAGCCUAUCAUUGUCAGAAAUCGCAGAUGACAAUGUAAGAAAAUUAAUAACUUUACUAUCUAAAUUUAGAAAAGGCUCCAGGCUACGAAAUCUGACACUGACAAAUAUGUCAGUGGACUGGAAAGAUAUUAUUAAAGUACUUCAGGUUGUAUGGCACUCAUCCAUUGAAUACUUCAAUAUCAACAACUUAACACAACUGGGGAACGUUGUAAGUACUCGCUUCGACUAUUCAAAAACAUCCAUGAAAGCAUUUGCAGUGAAUAAGGUUUUAAUCACAGAUCUCUACUUUUCACAGGAUGACGUUUAUAACAUAUUUGCAAACAUGAAUAUUGCAGCCUUGACAAUAGCUGAAUCUGAGUUAAUUCAUAUGCUGUGUCCUUCAUCUGACAGUCCCCUUAGAUAUAUAAAUUUCUCAAAGAAUGAUUUAACAGAUCUGCUAUUUCAGAACUGUGACAAACUAAUUCAACUGGAGACAUUUAUUUUGCAUAGGAAUAAAUUUGAAAGCCUUUCCAAGGUGAGCUUCAUGACCAGCCGUAUGAAAUCACUGAGGUAUCUGGACAUGAGCAGCAACUUGCUGCGUAACAGUAGAGCUGAGGGGCGCUGUCAGUGGGCUGAUUCUCUGGCAGAGCUGGACCUGUCCUCCAACCAGCUGACAGAGGCUGUGUUUGAGUGCUUGCCAGCUAAUAUCAACAAAGUGGACCUACAAAACAACCAGAUUGCCAGUGUCCCCAAGGGGAUCACUGAGCUGCACUCAUUGCAGGAGCUGAACCUGGCAUCCAACCGGCUGGCCGACCUGCCAGGGUGCAGGGCCUUUACAAGCCUGGAGAUCCUGAACAUAGAGAGGAAUUUGAUCCUCACCCCAUCUGCCGACUUCUUUGAGACCUGCCCGAGCGUGAAGGAGCUGCAAGCUGGGCAAAACCCGUUCAAGUGUUCGUGUGAGCUGCAGGACUUCCUGCGCCUGGAGAGGCAGUCUGGGGGCAAGCUGUCCGGCUGGCCAGAGGCGUACGUGUGCAAGUACCCAGAAGACUUGAGCGGAACACAGCUGAAGGACUUCCACUUGACCGAGCUGGCUUGCAACACGACUCUGCUGCUUGUGACAGCUCUGCUGCUGACCCUGGUGCUGGUGGCUGUGGUGGCCUUUCUGUGCAUCUACCUGGAUGUGCCGUGGUACGUGCGGAUGCUGUGGCAGUGGACGCAGACGAAGAGGAGAGCUUGGCACGACUGCCCCGAGGAGCGGGAAACUGCUCUGCAGUUCCACGCCUUCAUUUCCUACAGCGAACGCGAUUCCCUGUGGGUGAAGAAUGAGCUGAUCCCCAAUUUGGAGAAGGGGGAGGGCUGCAUCCAGCUGUGUCAGCAUGAGAGGAACUUUAUCCCUGGCAAAAGCAUUGUGGAGAACAUCAUUAACUGCAUUGAGAAGAGCUACAAGUCCAUCUUUGUGUUGUCGCCCAACUUUGUGCAGAGCGAGUGGUGUCACUACGAGCUGUACUUUGCCCAUCACAAGUUGUUUAGUGAGAACUCCAACAGCUUAAUCCUGAUCUUGCUGGAGCCAAUCCCUCCAUACGUUAUCCCUGCGAGGUACCACAAGCUGAAGGCUCUCAUGGCAAAGAGAACCUACCUGGAGUGGCCAAAGGAGAGGAGCAAGCAUGCCCUUUUCUGGGCUAACCUGAGGGCAGCUAUUAGCAUCAAUCUAUCAGUGGCUGACGAACAGAACAGAACAGAAGUGUGAUGAAAGAUAUUAAAUGUCUUUAUAAUGCAGUUUCUUCUUCUCCUUGUUUGGUUUUUUUUUUAUUUGUUUGUUUGUGAACCAAUAAAUACUUUAUGAUUUCCAUUGAUUUUCAAUAUA